AUAUCCAGUCCAUCGAAUCGAAGUGAACCAAACUUCUUUCUCUCUUCUUCUCGAAUCGAAGCUGAAGCCAUGUUUGAGGACUCUGUAUCUUCCGUAGAUACGAUCUGGGCUUCCAUGAACAGUUGGCUCACACCCACUGUUCUCUUCCUCCUCCUCAACCUAAUGAUCGCCGCCAUUUUCAUAACCUCAACCUUAACCUCACAAGACCCAAACCAGAACCAGAACAACCACCGUCAACAACGACGACUUCGUCCAGUUUUACAGAAACUCAAUUCCUUCAACUUCAGCACUUACAGAGCUCAAGAACCCACCACCCAUUUGCAAAAAAGCCCAGCAGAACCCGAUGAACACGUCGAACAACAACAACCAGAACCCCAUUUGGCCAGGUCUCCGUCGAUGCUUCAGAAGCUCAUAUCCAUCAACUUCUACAAUCACUUGGCCCCAGCUCAGUCUCAAAAUCAAAACUUUGCAAAUCCAGAACCAACGACAACCCGCCUCGACUUCAAACAAGAGCAAGAACAGCACAUCGAGUGGUCAGACUCAGAAGAAGAGGAGAGCCAAGACCAAGUCAAACGCGAGGACGUCCGUGGAGUCGGAGACCAGUCGAUGGAUGAUGGUGACAGCCAGCUGAAGAACGGUGGUAGUGGUGCCAACUCCGAAGCCAAACCCUCCAACGGCGACGCUCCGCCGAAGAUGUUGAAGAAGUCGGCUAGUGCGAAUUCGAUUGUUCCUCAUAUUAAGGAAGAUGAUAUCGUGGAGAGUCGCCGGCCGGGGACUGUGAGAGAAGGGAAAGCUAAGCCUGCGGAGGCGGAGACGGCGGAGGAGUUCGACGCCAAGGCGGAUGAAUUCAUCAACAAGUUCAAUCAACAGUUGAAGAUGCAGAGGCUUGACUCCGCCACGAGGUACAAGGAGAUGAUCGAAAGAGGGGCUGGACAGUAAUAAAAAGUUCAAAAGUAGAACAAGAAUAAUGAUCCCCUCGUUGCUCGUUGGCUUAACCCCGAACCGGGGAGAAUUCGCAUUUUUGUUGAUGAUGCUUUCAAGAAUGGAGUAGGAGCGGUUGUAGUUGUGGCACGCAAUGGAGAAAUGGCAUCGAGUUGAUCGCUACGUCUUCUAUAGUGGCCAAUAGUCCUUUUGAAGCGAAAAUAAUGGCUUUGUUCUUCGCCUUUUUCAUGAUGGUUCGGUUUCGAUGGACCAAUGUAGUUCUAUUUUCGGAUUGCCUUCAUCUGCAUAAGGCUUUGGAGAAUAGAACUUGUCGGAGUGAAGAAGCUAUGUUAGUUUUGCUAGUGUUUUUAAGCUUCAAGUUUUUUUUUUUGGAUUUUCUUGUUUUUUGGAUUAGUAGGAGCUUCAAUAAGGGUGCUCACCCAUUUGGCUUGUAGCUCAUGCUAAUUUAUAAGCACUUCGAACUAAGAAUCCAUAUUUAAAUAAUUAGGAAAUAUAACUGCUCUUCGCACA